GCUGACAGCGGCUCCGGCAUGAUGCCUCCUCCUGGAAUCCCCCCUCCCUUCCCCCCCAUGGGACUCCCUCCUAUCGGGCAGAGACCGCCAGCGAUGCCCCCCAUGCCCCCUGGCAUGAUGCCGCCUCUGCUCCCACCUAUGGCAGGGCCCCCACCCAUAGGACAGAUGCCACCCAUGGUGCCUCCCAUGAUGCCAGGGAUGCUGAUGCCAGGGGUGCCAGCUGGUCCUGUUCCUGGUGUGGCGGCUCCUGGGACAGACCCAAUUGGCGCUGCUCCGGCCCAGCCAGCACCCACGCUCCUGAAUCCCCUGGUGGCCCCCGUCCAGCAGAGCCUGAUGAGCAGCGGCUCCCCCGUGCGGGACGCCCCCUGCAAGAAGCCUCCGUGGAGUGAGCACAGGGCCCCGGACGGGCGCGUUUACUACUACAACUGCAGCUCCAAGCUGUCCACCUGGGAGAAGCCAGACGAGCUGAAGUCCAAAGCAGAGGCGAGUUCCUUCAGAGCCCUUCACCCAGCACUGAGAUGCAGCCACCUCUGGGGCGGGGCGCAGCAGCUGAGUGACAGCUGCACAGCAGCUGGAAAUCUGCUGCUCUCCCGGUGUCCCUGGAGGGAGUACAAGUCGGACACAGGCAAGUCCUACUACUACAACUCCCAGAGCAAGGAGUCGCGCUGGACCAAGCCCCGGGACCUGGACGAGCUGGAGGCGCUCAUCGAGGAGGAGGAGGCUGGGAAGCUGCAGGAGACGCCAUCAGCCGCCUCGAGCCCCAGCCUGUCCUCGGCCGCCACCACGGACACCGAGACUGCGGGUGGGGAGGAGCAGGAGACGCCUGCGCUGGGGAGCGCGGCCGAAUGCCCGGAGGAAGCAGCCCUGCAGCAGGAGGAAGUGACCAGCAGUGGUGACCCUGGCCGGCGGGAGGAGGAGGAGGAGGAGGAGGGGGGGGCCGGGGAGAGGUGCGCCUGCAGCUGGAGCACCAAGGAUGAGGCCAAGCUGGCAUUUAAGGAGCUGCUGAAGGACAAGGGCGUCCCCUCCAACACGUCGUGGGAGCUGGCCAUGAAGAUGAUCGUGGACGAUCCGCGGUACAGCGCCCUGCCCAAGCUGAGCGAGAAGAAGCAGGCCUUCAAUGCCUACAAGGCCCAGCGGGAGAAGGAGGAGAAGGAGGAGGCUCGGCUGAGAGCCAAGGAGGCCAAGGAGGAGCUGCAGCGGUUCCUGGAGCAGCACGAGCGGAUGAGCUCCAUCACCCGCUACAGGAAAGCUGAGCAGAUGUUUGGGGAGCAGGAGGUUUGGGCUGUGGUCCCCGAGCGCGACCGCAAGGAGAUCUACGAUGACGUGCUGUUCUUCCUGGCCAAGAAGGAGAAGGAACACGCCAAGCAGCUGCGCAAGCGGAACAUCCAGGCACUGAAGAACAUCCUGGACAGCAUGAGCAACGUCAGCUUCCAGACCACCUGGUCCGAGGCCCAGCAGUACCUGAUGGACAACCCCACCUUCGCCGAGGACCAGGACCUGCAGAACAUGGACAAGGAGGAUGCACUGAUCUGCUUCGAGGAGCACAUCCGCACGCUGGAGAAGGAGGAGGAGGAGGAGAAGGAAAAGACAAGGCUGCGUGAGAGGCGCCAGCAGCGGAAGAACAGAGAGGCCUUCCAGAAUAACAGGCUGCUUCUUGCCCAGGCCUUUCUGGAUGAGCUGCACGACAAGGGGCAGCUGCACUCCAUGUCCACCUGGAUGGAGCUGUACCCCUCGCUCAGCGCCGACGCCCGCUUUGCCAACAUGCUGGGCCAGCCCGGCUCCACCCCCCUGGACUUGUUUAAAUUCUACGUGGAGGAUCUCAAGGCUCGUUUCCAUGACGAGAAGAAGAUCAUCAAGGACAUCUUAAAGGAUCGCGGCUUCAGCGUGGAGGUGAACACGACCUUCGAGGACUUCGCUCACGUGAUCAGCUUUGACAAGAGGGCAGCCACGCUGGACGCAGGCAACAUCAAGCUCACGUUUAACAGCCUGCUGGAGAAGGCUGAGGCGCGGGAGCGGGAGCGGGAGAAGGAGGAAGUGCGCAAGCUACGCCGCCGGGAAGCAGCCUUCAAGAGCAUGCUGAAGCAGGCGGCCCCACCCCUGGAGCCCGGCUCCUCCUGGGACGAGGUGCGGGAGCGCUUCCUCAGUGACCCGGCCUUCGAGCAGAUCACGCUGGAGUCCGAACGGAUCCGGCUCUUCAGGGAGUUCCUCCAGGUGCUGGAGGACGAGUGCCAGCACUACCACGCCAAGGCCAAGAAACACGCCAAGAGAGGCAGGAAGCACCACCGGAAGCGCUCGCAGUCGGGCUCAGAGUCGGAGCUGGAGGCCCAGCACCAGCGGGCCCAGAAGAGGCGGAAGCGGAAUCCCUCGGAGUCCGGCUCGGCGCUCUCCUCCUCGCCCGGCUCAGAUCUCAGCUCCCGCAAGGCCAGGAAGCAGAAGAAGAAAAGCAAGAAGAAGAGGCACAAAUCGCCCCCAGAGCGAGGGCGAGCGAGGGACAGAGAGGGGCAGGAAGGGGAAGGAGAAGGAGCCGGAGCGGGCGGAGGGGCGACGGCGCCCCCCCCAGCGCAGCCUCAAGCGGGAGAAGAGCGUCUGGGACACGUCGGACAGCGAGCCGAGCGAGGGCGAGCUGGAGAAGCGGCGUCGGACGCUGCUGCAGCAGCUGGACGACGAUCAGUAGCCAGGUCUGCGGGACUGUCGCUGAGCUGGGCAGAGGCUCCGGACAGCUCGGUGCGGGCGGGGGGCUGCGGCUCUGCCCCAGGACUGGGGGCGCCUGAGAGAGCAGAGAGGGGGCCCCGCUCCACCCAGGACUCCUUCCCCCCGUCCCUGCACCCGAGGACCCGUCGCCCCCGGGGCUGCUGUGACCACCUCUGCUUGGCCGGCCCCUCGGCGCUCAGAGGACCGGCCCCAGGACAGCGGCGCUCUGGAGGGGGCCUGGGCCGCAGCGGACGAAUGCGGCUCUCACAGGCGGGUCUGUGGCUGCGCCGAGGAUCAUGGGUGCCUGGGGCGCCCUGCGGGGUUGGCUGCGGGGGCGUGUGCUGCUGAGUAGCCAGGACCCGCGGCCUGCUCGUACUCUGGGAAUUAAAGGGGUUUUUAAAUAAUAAUAUUU